AUGUCACAGCCGUUGGAAUUCCCAUCUUCCUUUGUCACACCGUGGAGAGACUUGCUCCUCUCCCACCAACAUGAGCGCUCCAAAGACUCUCCCAACUAUCACGAUCCGGACGCCAUUGACUCUCUCCUGACAACCAGCACACCGAAACUGCUCUACGUCGGCACGGGACAUUCCAUAUUCACUCGCGCAAUUCUGCCUGCCAUUGCAUCCGCCAAGCAUUCAGUCCAUUUCGUCACAUGUUACUGGGCCGCCUCUCCAUCUCUCGACGGCAUCCGCCAGACUCUCCUCCAGCUAGCCGAGGCGCGCUCAAGCCCGGCAGAGACACUGCCUACGCUGCAUAUAAGCAUUGGCUUCUCAUCUUGGGGACUGUUCCAGAAACUGUUUCACACGUCUGCGCCAGAGGGAUGCGUCUAUCCGCCGUCGAAAUGGGCCAAGCUGGGUUUGCCGGACGAGGAGACGCUGAGAAAAGGGGGUAUUGAGAUGACGGUCAAGAGCCUCUUCUUUACACCGCUGAGCGUGAUGCAUCCCAAAUAUGUCGUAGUGGACGAAGCCAAAGCGUGGGUUCCGAGCUGCAACGUGAGCUGGGAGCGAUGGUUUGAGGGAUGCGUCGAGCUGGAGGGCGAAGUUGUGGACAGGCUGCUCACUUUCCACGCUCGCGUCUGGGGGGCCAGAGUGGACAAGGCGAGGUCAGCAAACAACGAGAAUAUCGAACUGGCAAGGAGACAGAGGAUUGUGACGAACGGGGCCCGGGACGGAGAUGUCGACGACGGUGUUGACGACUACGUCGAGACUUCAAGUUCUUCGCCUCUCAAUGAAGAGGAUGAUGACCGUUCGGCUACGCAGUGCAUUCACUUCACGGCUGUUGCGCCAACGCCGGCCAUCUUACUCCCAUCGCCGCAUCAUCGAAAUCCCCGAUUCAGAUUCUUUCCCUUUCCCUUCUUUUCCCAGUCCAACCCGCCCAUGACGCCUCUCAACGCUGCACUGCUUACUCUGUUUGCGAAUGCUCGCCACGACAUUCAUCUCGUCACGCCCAAUCUCACAUCGUGGCCAGUGAUGGAUGCUCUGCUAGAAGCAAUCUCUCGCGGGGUCAACGUACAUGUACGUACGGGCCGCAAUAUGAUGGUCAUCGAGCAGCUCGUCACUGCUGGAACUACAACAUCAUGGUGCGUCCGGCGGUUUGUCAAAAAGUACAAAGCUCUGUGUAAGCGAUCUCAGCGGAAUGACUUGGAAGCCCAAUCAGUAGCCCCGGGGCAGCUGGAGAUACUCUACUAUAAGCGGCUCAGUGACCGCGCGAAUCUCGAGGACGAGCCCGUCUUUAGCCAUUUCAAGAUGACCAUGGUGGACGGCGAGUACUUGGUGCUGGGCUCGGGCAACAUGGACAGAGCCAGCUGGUGGACGAGCCAGGAGAUUGGCGUGCUAUUUUACAUGCCGGGAUUCAGAGAGAGGAGAGUGUGGGAGAGUGUGCUUGAGAGGAGAGCAGAGGUGGUGUUUCGCAGUAGCUGA